CAAACAACGCCAGCCAAUUAAAUGGGUACAUAACCUUCUUGGGUGUAUAACAAGUGUAUAAUGUCUGCAGCAGCUAUACAACCAACCUUAUGCACAUUAUACAUUUGGCCUUCUAGAUGGAACUUACCAUCUAUUGACCCCACAUGUAUUGCAGCAGUUUUCUACCUGCAAUUGACUAUUCCAGGAAAAUUCGAAGUUGUAGAAUGUACUAACCCCGACGUGUCCCCUAGUGGAAAGCUUCCCUUCCUCACUCAUGGCCAUGCCGCAGUGUCGUCUAUCCCAGCCAUCAUUUCCUUUGUUUCCUCGCUGGCAAAGUCUACAACAUCAGGUGCAAGGAACCUCGACGCGUUUUUAAGUGCACCACAAAGAGCAAAUCGAACCGCGUGGUGCUCACAUGUUGAGGUGAAUAUCGGGGACCUCGUGGCGUAUUCGUUCUACUCUUUGGAUGACAACUUCUGGAAACUCACAAACCCUACAAUGGCAUCGAUGCUUCCGAUUCCGCAGCGCUACUACGUGCCUGGACGUAUACGUGAAAUGCAUCGACCACGCUUAGAGGCUGCAGGUCUGUGGACACAGUCAGCCUCUGAACCGGAGAAGGACUCCUUUGGAAAACGACAAAAGACAGACGACCCUAAAGACGAGUAUGCGCGCGCGUUUGAACGGGACAAAGUAUCUGCGCAAGCGAAGGCGUCGUUUGCUCUUUAUGCGAGGUUACUGAACGGGCAGAAGUUUUUCUUUGGGGAGCGGCCCACGACUCUUGACGUUUAUCUAGCCUCGCAUAUUCUCCUGUUGCUUGAUCCGCCAUUCCCAGACCAACUAAUGCGAAGUAUUCUGGAGGAGUCAUACCCGACACUCGUGGAGCAUGCACGCAAUAUGCAAACCGAAAUCUCACAAUUACCGCAGUAUCUUGUCGCUGCUGCACAAAAACAGUCGUUGCUGUCGUUAAUUCCGCGACCACUGAGCAACCCUCCCAAAACGAAGGAGAGCCAAAUGGAUGAAGCAGACCUUCGCUUUCGUCGCAUGCGAUGGACGUGGUUCGCGCUUGCUUUAGGCGGCGUGGCGUGCUACGUCGCUCAACUCUGUAUGAAAGUCAGCGUCGUGAGGGUCAACAGGAGACCUCGACGUGUGCAGAGGGAUGGGGCUAACCAGGAACGUGAAACAGAGGUCACGAUUACAGAGGAUGAAGAACAAGAAGAUGAUGAAGAACAAGAAGAAAGUGCUCCGAGUCGGGACGGGGACGAGUAGCCAGUGAUCUUAGUUGCGCUUGUGGCUCGGCUUGGUGCACUGUGUUCAUAUUGUGAUGCUCGCCUUGUCUAUAGGACCAUGGCAGCGGUGCCUCCUGUGCCUCUCGAUAUCACGUUGUUCUAUCCAAAUUCCGUUGCAUGAUUGUGCAGGAUGGGCCUGUAAAUCAGUCACACUGUGUG